GGAUUCCAAUGGAUUAUCUUUUUGCCCUUUUUUUUAUCCUCAGUUAUCUUGUUUAGGUCACUAGCAGAGACUCCCCUCCCCCUGUUUCCUCUUCUUCUUCGUAACCCAUCCCCUCCCAAUUUCCUUCCUUCACCAGACGAGACCGAUUGAGAGAGAAAUGAGAGUGGACCGAGUGGUUCAGCAAGAGAGAGAAUGGGUGUGUGAGUUUUGAUUAUUAUUUGGAUUUGGGUUUGCUCUUUGGGUUGUUUCCGCAACCGGUUGGAGGAUGGGUAUGGGAUUUGGCCGGUUGUAUACGAAUGCGUGAAUUUAAGUUGAAUUAGUUUUGUUUUUUAAAAGGGUGUCGUUUGAACUUUUCUGGUAUUUGGGAAUUCAGUUGCAGUUUUAGCACGUUGUUUAAGGAAUCUGGAGGAGUAAGAAGGGUUUGGGGUUCAAUUCGUGUUGAAUUUAAAGAGGCUUUAGUCGGCCUUGAGUUUCCCUUUUGGCGUCUGCUUCCUGUUGGCUAUGGGGGAUUUUGAGUCUAUGAUUCCGGAAUUAAAAGAAGAAGAAAACUAAUUGCCUUUAAAGUAAUAAAAAUAAAUAAAUAAAGCAUAUCUAGAUAAUAUAGAGUUAACGAUAGAUAAUUGGAUUUACGGUGUCUCUCUUUAGCUAAAUUAGAUAAAGUGAAUUUUGGUUAGCUAUUUUAAAUUGUAAUUGGGGAGUGCUCUAAGUUGUAAAUAGGGUAAUGCCCGUUUUACGUUUAAGGUGAGACCGAUACCCAGUUGAAAAGUGGAUAUCAAAGAAUCAAAAGGGCAAAGCUCUCCUCCUCCAUACCAUGUUUGGUUAUCAUCCGCUCUGAAAUGCCAUAUUGUCACUUGAGAUUCUCUAUUUUACAGCCUCCUCCCAUUCAUGUUCCAACCACGUUUUCAGGGCCAUUUUUUGGUUAUGUGGUGGAAUACACACAAUGCCACUCAAGCACAGUGCAGUUGAAUCAUCCUGUAGCUGUGCUGAAGAACAUGUCUUCCUCAUUUUGCCUUGUUAGUUCCUUUCCGAGAGUUCAUCCUUUUGCAGCCUUACAAAUCUGUCUUGAUGUGGGAGAUGCAUUUGAUUCUAGUGAGUGUCUCCGGCCAAAAGUUUCUGAGAACCAUAUUUUGAAUGAGGAACACAUAGUUGGUUACAGUGACUCUGAAGAAACCAUAGAAGACCAUAAGGAAAGGCAAAGACGAAGAAAGAUAGGAUUAGCAAACAAGGGGAGAGUGCCAUGGAACAAAGGCAAGAAGCAUAGUGCAGAGAGUCGUGAGCGCAUUAAGAGAAGAACAAUAGAAGCCUUGAGAGACCCCAAGGUUAGGAAGAAGAUGUCUGAACAUCCACGUCCUCACAGUGUUCAUAUCAAGGCAAAAAUAAGCUCUUCAGUUCGACGUGUUUGGCAAGAGCGUUUGAAAUUGAAACGGUUAAGGGAAAGGUUUGUUUCGUCAUGGGCAGAAAGUAUAGCAAAAGCAGCUAAGAAAGGAGGGCCCGAUCAGCAAGAGCUAGAAUGGGGUAGCUAUGAUAAGAUAAAACAACAAAUGGCCCUCCAACAGCUUCGUUGGGUUGUUGACAACAAGGCAAAGGCAAAGCGGAUGGCAAAGGCAAGAGCAGAGAAACUCAUUCUUUCAUGGGAAGAAAGCAUAGCAAAAGCGGCUAAGAAAGGGGGGAGUGGCCAACAAGAGUUAGAGUGGGAUAGUUAUAAUAAGAUAAAACAAGAAAUGGUUCUCCAACAGCUUCAGUGGGCUGCUGAAAAGGCAAAGGUAAAGGAAAAGACAAAGUUAAGAGCAAGGCUUGCUCAAAAGAGAAAAGCACAGGAAGGGAAGGCAAGAGCAAGAGGAGAGAUUAAUAGAAAGACAAACAGAAAAUCAAAGGAAGACAAAGAUGACUUGGCAGUUGCCGAAGAGUCAAAACUUGAGCAGAAACUAAUAAAGAUUCUGACAAAGAAAUCCAUAAAUUGUCAAGUUGUUGGUCGAGGAGACACAGUGGUUUCACAUUUUGGAGCUCUGGAGAAAUUGGACCUAGAACACAUAAAGAGAGAAAAAAUGCGAAGAGAAGUUUCACUAGCCGAUCAGAUCCAAGCUGUUAGAAAGAAAAAAGCAGAAUCCACAGCUAGAGAAGUUCUCUCAGCAUCAUCCUCUGAAUGCUGAUCCAAUGAAAAGUAUAGGUUUCCACUGCUUUCACAAACUGUGGAAACCUGACGUAUGGAAGACAAGGUGAUCACUCUUUCUAAUUUUGACCAUUUUCUAGUUUCUGCUAUGUAGCUGUACUCCUAUUUGAGUUAGUUUUAAGAUCUCGAUUCUUAUUUCUUCUCCCA